GCCCUGGUAUAUGUAGAAUAUAUCUCUCGAUCCCGCCCGUGCCGGCGCUCAAGUCCUGUUUCCUGUUUUCAACUACCUACCUCCCAACUCUUAUCAACAGCAUCAAAGAAGCCCAGUCUCUCUUUCUGAUAAGAAGCAAUAAACCAACCGGACAGCCGCCAACGCUCUUGCCCUCACGACGCGCAACCCCUCACACAUCGUCGUAUCGGUACCUUUUCUCACGACCCAGGCCAACCUAACCCCCGCUCGCUGUCCCUCCGCGCCGCAUCUGGCCUGAUCUUAAGAAGUCCUCCGCGCGCUCUCUCACACAUCACUCGUCGACAUGGCGGCAUCAUUGGACUAUCCGGCACAGCAGUUCAACGUGCACCGCAGGCCUUUGCCAUCGGGCACGCCCGCCAUGGACUAUCUCUCACACUCCCGCUCGCGCACCAUCUCGUCCAACGUUAUGCCUGCUCCUCAGCAAUACCAGCACUCGCCUGUCCCCCCGCCGCUCAAUCAAUCUCGCCGCACCCUUUCCAAUGCCACCACCUCGACCACCAGCACCCAUAGCAGCGUGCACGGCCGCGUUCCUGCAGCACCUUCGUCAUACGCUUCGUCAAUCCGCCGAUCGACCUCGUCUCGCUCCAACAACUCUCCUUCGUCAUACGUCUCCCUGAUGAGGAAACAGAAGGCCACCGUCUGGUGCGACCGUGCCCAGCUCGAAGAUCCUCGUAUCCUCGCCCAGCAAAGAGCUGCCAAGGUCCGCGCCCAGAUGGAAGUCGUUGGCGGAGUCUCGGCCACUGGCAACGGCCGCACGGGUGGAAGCAGUGGAGGUAUUGCCAGCAAGAUCCGUCACCAUGGUGCUGUCAAGGCUUCAGCCUACUCUGCUGCCGGUAACUUGUCUGGAGCUGGUGUGCCUAUGCGUCUCAGUGCCAGCGAGGUCGACGAGGACAACAGCGACGAUGACAGCGCCAUUGCCCGUUAUCACCAGCGCAACAACUCUGGACGCAGCAGUCUGGGUUCUGGCCAGCGUAUGCGCGAGAGCUACUACGCUGGUCCGACUCCAACUGCCACUCGCUUCAGCAAUGGCAGCACUCCUCCCAGCAGAAACAGCCACAGCCCUGUUGACCGACAAUCAGAGCCUCGUGACCGCCAGGACUCAAUUGCUACCACUCGCUCAUACUCAGACGCCACUCCUCAACAAGGUGCUGUCAGAAACGACUACUUCACCCAUCCUGGCGGUAAUGGCGGCUCCAGCGGUUCAAUCCAAGAAGAGCGUUCCUUUGGAGAUGUUGGUGGCCUGCCCACUCGUAACCCCAUGCACACAUACGGCGGCAGCGACCAACAAAAGACAAAUGAUGAGUUGCGCCGACGAGGCAGUGUCGACGACCGCACAACCACCAUGAGCGGCGUCCGCCUAUUCGUCGCAAACCCCGACUCGGACUCGGACUAGAUGCUUCAUUUCUUGACAUGCCCCCCUUCAAGACCUUAUGCAGGGAAGCCGCUGGCUCGGCUCUAUUCCCCUUCAAUGGACAUGAGAAUGAUCCUGACGAUCUCACCUUUUCCCCCUAUUCCUAUAUUUAUCUUUGUCAUUGGCCCCUUCGCUUUUCUUCUCUUUUCUUGUAAUGUCCCCCAACACAUCAGUCUUUCUUAUUGCAACCUUCCUUUCAAUACCACUACAUUUGUGUGUUUUUGUCUCCUUCGAUCGCUUAGUAUACCAAGGCCAAUGCCUCCCUUCAAUGGAGAGGGAAAUGAACAUUUUU